AUGGUUGCGCCAGCUGUCCCCGAACUCUACGAAGAGGAAGACCUCUUCGCCGCUGUCGAUGCACGUACCGAAUCACUACAGAACUUGCGCGAAUUAGGUCCGCCCGACCUGGUGUAUUUGGUCAAACAACCCAAGACCAACUCGACCCGUCAGACCGGAGUCUAUCACCAUGUCACUGGCAUUGAUGCUUCUUCGUCCGCUAGCUUGGCCGCCUAUGUAAAUACGCUAACCUUCUCCCCCCUCGAUAAGACGCACAAGGUGGUUUCAGGGAUAUACUGUUGCUACAAUGCCUUCUCCCACCUUGACAUGCGUGUCGAAGUCAAAAUUCCCGGUAGUCUCGAGAGCUACUGCAUCGACGAGCGCGGGGACAAACGUGUUGCAACUGAAGCUCUGUGGCUAGAGACAUUUCUGUGCGGAGUCUUGCGAGCCUAUACCUAUGCGGACGAUGGUAGCGGAGAUUCGGUUCGAAAGAUCGUCGGAGUACGUCGAUUCAACCCAGUCACAAAUACAGAGAUGGAGCACAAGUUCAUGGAUGCUGCGGAACGGCUCUUCUUCUUGGGUAGGCAGCUGAGCUCCGAUCCUGAGACACAAGUUCCCAACACCGUCAGCAAUCAUCUUACUUCGGGCCUUUUGAAAUACAUUUGGACAACGGGACGCUACACAUCUGGCAUAAAUCUUCUAGAAAAGCUCCGCAUACGGGAUGUUGAGGUCUCUUCCCUGCUAGCCCGGGUUCUCAUAAUGGCAGAUGAGGAAGUGCAGGCAGUACGGUUGAUGUACGACUCACUGCAGGACGUCCCCAUGGACUAUGCAUUGCUCGACUGCCAGGCAGCCUUCUGUCAGAGUAAGGGAGAGGGGGAAAUGGCUUUGGAAUGCGCGAAGCGGGCCGUGACUGCUGCGCCUAGUGAGUUCAGCACUUGGGCACGACUGGCCGAAGUGUAUGUGAACAUGGAACAAUGGGAUCUCGCACUCCUUACAUUGAAUUCAUGCCCUAUGUUUACGUACCAGGAUAAAGAUACCCCUCGCAUGCCCCAACCGUCACGCAUCAUGCUUCCUAUCCUCGCAGAGAGCAUGUUGGAUGAGAUUGAUGAGGGCCAGCCAAAGCAGGGGGACCCACACGAUUAUGUCCAUCCUUCUCUACGAAGACUGCACGCUGCCGCAUACCAGGGGACAUUCCUGAAAGCAUAUAACCUGUUAACCAAGAUUGCUGCCGCUAUUGGUUGGGAUCAGCUUCUGAAGAUUCGUAGUGAAGUGUUUGUUAUGGAAGAGGAGUAUCGGGUCGAAAGACACCAUUCAGCUUCCAAGUCUAUACGGCGCAGCAGUUCUAUAGCGACCAAUGAUAACGAAGAACAACAAAAUGGCACCAAUGCUGAGGAAGAAGAUGAGAACCCGGAAGCCACCCCUAGCGAAAACAAAGAGGAGCAAGCUGGAGACUCUAUCGAGAAGCCUGAACAAACAAUGGCCUCCGAGGUCGUGAAGUCUGGCAAGGAAGAACCCGACCCGUCGCAUUCGUCAUACGCACAGUUCCGCAACAAGCGUCUCUGUGAGAGGUGGCUCGACAACCUCUUCAUGGUUCUCUAUGAGGAUCUUCGAAUUUACACCAUCUGGCGCACGGAGAUGGCCCAGUACCGCCAGCAGGCCAUUGAAUACAAGAAGUCUGCAACAGAAUGGGAAAUCCUGGGCGAAUUAGCAGAGCGACUGCAUCAUUUCGACGAGGCGAUCGAGGCCUACCAACACUGCAUGGCCAUCCGGUUCUCUCCCAAGGCCAUGCGAGGCAUUCUGAAGUUGUACGAGAGUAAGCACGAUACGAGAGGGAUGCUUGGUGCAUUGAUUAGGCUUAUUGCCUGGCAGUACCGCUGGUACUCAGAGUUCUCUCCUGAACUACUCUAUCUUAUCCGCAAACUCAUCGAGGACGAAGGUGCUGUCAAGGUGCGCAGCAUUGUCCAGGCGACCAAUCUGCCACAGCCCGUACUUGACCUCACUCAUCAAUAUUGUCAACUGUGCGCCACCUUCCGUAGCAGCGGCAGCGAUGGUUAA